UAGUACUUGUGAUUGUUUAACGAACACCAACUGUUCGACAAAUUGUCUCUGUAAAAGAUUGUAACUUCAUAUAACCAAAAUCAAGAUUCUGAAAUCUGAUCAGCAGAUAUGGAGACCAGUAAAGAGGGAAAUGCCGCUUUUCUCGAUCGUACUUCUCGUGCUACUAGAGGGAAACGGAUGACUAAAUUGUUGGAUGAUGAGGUAGAAGAGGAUGAACUUUUCUGGAAUCAGGAAGCUCUUAAAGAUGAAGAGAAUGACAUUGAAUAUGAAGAGGAAGGGGAAGCUGUGGAUGUUUUUGACAGUGACUUUGAUGAAGAUGAACCCGAACCUGAUGAAGAAGGAGAAAAUGAACCAGAUGACAGGACACGGACCAAAAAGCGAUUGGUCUAUCCAGGAAGACCACCUGCAAAGAAGAAAAAGAAAAUGAAAACCCUUACCAAGACAGAAAAGGCACACCAAGAAAAUGAAGAAGCUCCAGAUCCGUCCACCCCUUCUGAACAUCAUGAUGCUCAUGAUGAUACUGAAGCAGAAAGAACAAUUAGGAAAUCAACAAGAACGGCUGUCGUUGUAAAACAAGCUGAAAGGGAAGCCAUUCGUGCAGCCUUGCAGGCAACAACAAAGCCUAUAAAAAGAAAAAAGGAAGGGGAGGAAAAGAAGAUGACUCAAGAAGAGAUGCUUCUUGAAGCAGCUCAAACAGAGGUCAUGAAUCUGAGGAAUUUGGAGCGGGUUCUAGCAAGGGAAGAAGAAGUCAAGAAAAAGGCCAUCGUGCAUAAAGCAGUUUACAAUGGUCCUCAGAUACGAUACAUAUCCAAAAACGGUUCUUCCUACCUAGAAUUUGUCAAUGGAGCAUCUUUCGGUUCACAGAUCUCAACAACAUCCACUCCAUACCCCCAGAAGGCAGUGUGUGCGGUUACUGGGUUGCCCGCACGGUAUCGUGAUCCAAAGACUGGGCUUCCUUAUGCAACUAAAGAAGCAUUUAAGAUCAUACGCGAACGGUUUGCUGAGGAAAGUAGCAGGGCUCGGGAGGAAAAGCAUAUGGACGAGUUGUCUCAGGCAAUUUCUGGGCUAGGAUUUACCUCGAAACGAAAGAGGUCAAUAAUUUCAAAUAGUAGAAAAACGUCAUAUACCCCGCGAGUAUUUGCUCGUUGCCGCAAGUUUCCUGCUGAUGACUCCAUGUCUGAGGAUUCAGAGUAGACACUAUGUACAAUUUGAUCCUCUUUAUUUCUAGACUAGGUUUGUAGAAAUGCAGAAAGUAGCAUUAUUUUUACUUGAUUAGCUUGUAUAAUCAGUUUUAGUCUUAAGAGUUUUAAAUGACAUUUAUAUGGUACGAGUUGUAAAAGCAUAAGAGCUAUUUAUAUAGAACCACCUUCAGUC